UACUAUUAAAAGGCAUUUUGAAAAGAACCAUGCAGAUGCUUAUAAACAAAUUAAUCAAGAAGUACAAAAUAAUCAGCUUCCAUAUACUGAAAAUAAUAUAGAUCGAGUUGAAUUGAUUAAUCUUCAUAUAUAUAGCUGGAUUAUAAAUGAUCAACAACUAUUUAAUGUGGUUGAAAAUAAAGAAUUUAAAUCUUUAUUAUUUGUUCUGGAUCCUAGAUAUAAAUUGCUAACAAGACAAACAGUUUCACAACAUAUUGCAUGUAUAAAUCAAUCUUAUAUUUUAGUUAUAUUACAUUGGAUUGAUGAAAAAUGGUAUAUGAAAAAUAUUCUUCUUGAUUUUAUACCUAUGCAUGAAAGAUAUACUGGAAUAGCUAUUGCUGAAAAAAUAUAUAAUACUUUAAAAGAAUAUAAUUUAGAAA